AUGCCAGCACAAGUUUCCGAAGAAGAUCAAAAGCUGAAAAAGGAAAAGAAGUUUGGUUGGUUUUAUUUGGUUUCCUUUUUCGCAUCUCAAUGACCUUUUUUCAGCGCUUGAAAAGUUAGCGAUAGAAAAAGCAAAUGCAGAAUACCGAAUCGAUCAGUUGCAAAAAGAGGUUUAAAAGUUUAUUUUACAAUUAAUUGAUUUGAAGUUUUCAGGUCGUUUCUCGUCGGAUGUUCUAUCCAGAGGAACUGAACAAGAUGUUGAUCGAGGAGAAGUCUUCAUUGAUGCAGCGCGCUGUAUGGAAAAAUUGAUAUAAUUUUUUAAAAAAAUUGUUUGGUUUUCAGCUUGAUAAUGAUUUGGUCGUCGAGAAAAAAAGCGUGAAAAAGAUAAAUGUGGAUGAAUACCGAGCGAAAAAUCGACAGGUACCUUGCUCGUAGUAAGGAACUAAACAUUGCGCGGCAAAGGCUACCACAACAGAUUGAAGAGGUUUGUUUCUUUGGUUCUUUGAAACAAAAGUUGGAUAAAUGAAUUUAAAGCACAGUUUUCAAGUCUCUCGAGCUGUAAAUCUCGUAAAAAAUUUCAUGAAAAGUCGAUAAAAUUUUUAAAAUUUUUUUUAAAGGUAUCGGCCUAAAAUCAAUGAACUUUGAUAUUAGAAUUCUGCUUCCAUUAUUUUAUUUUUAAACUAGAAAUCGAGAAAAUUUCCUUGGAACAUUAAAGUGUUGAGUGACCAAAAAAAAUUAUGUUAUUCCACUGUUUCUGACAAGUGGAUAAUUUCACUUUACUAUUUUUCUCUUAAAUUUUUUUGAAAAGUUCAUAAUUCUCUUAGAUGUUCUAGACGUACAUAUUUAACGUCUCAACCUGAUUAGUUCCUUUAUUUUAAAAAAAACGGAGUCCAAAAAGUCUAAUCGAUAAAAAAAUCAGUAAAAAAUUCUUUAACUUCUAGUAUUUCAUUCUUCAUAAAUAAUUUUUAUGAAAUUUGAGAAUUUCAAAUAUUUUCAUGCAGUACAUCAGAGAGUGUCCCUCAAAGUAUAAUUACCUUUCCUUCGGAUACUGGGUAAUUUUUAGUGGCCACUAUAGGGUUUUGACGUUUUAGUGGCCACUAUAGUAGUCAAAUCAGUGGCCACUUAAAGGGUUAAAAAUUUGUGGCCAAUAUAGAGGUCUAAGUGCUACUACUAGACCACUAAAAAUUUUAGUGGCCACUUUAGGGGUCAAUGGAUCAACAUAACUGGUCCAAUCUGUUUGUUUUAAAACUAUCAGAGUUAUUGGAAGGGAUUCUGGAUGAAAAACUACUGAAGUGACUCCUAAAUAAAGAAUUUCUAUAGUGGCCACUAAAACGGAAAACAGUGGCCACUAUAGAAGUGGGUUUAGUGGCCACUUUAGUGUCCUCUCCAAGUAGUCCUUGGCUAGCCUCUAUAGUGGCCAUUAAACAUUUUCCCAGUACUUCAAAGUGAUUCAUUGUUUUUUUUCAAUUCUAAGCCUGCUAGAAAUAAACCGGAACUUCAUCUUCCAGAUGAAGCAAGACAUCGCCGACUACGAGGAGAAAUCAAGGAGGAUCAUGGAAGAAAUCCAAGAGCUCAGCAUGUUGUAA